UGCACUUCCUUCUUUUAGACACUGCUGUCACUAUCCUACGCCACAUAUGCGCAGAUUAAGGCUUCAGCAUAUUCAAUUACCAUGCUCCGCAGGCCCAAGCUACUGGGUAUUGACCUCCACUCUCUCUCUCUCUCGUCACUCCCCUUACUAAAACUAAAACCCAAUACGAAAUAUAUAUGAAAAGUUUCAGAGUUCUGGCACUCAUCACUCUUGCCCUUCCCCUGCCACUGCUAACGUACGCCAAUCCCCAGAAAUUUUGAUAGCAGACUGGGGGAAGGAAGAAAUCAAAGUAGAAGAGAAGAAAGAAGUGGAACAAGUUUUUUUCUUUCUUCCGACUUCCGAGUAAAAAAUAGAAAGAAAGAAAGAAAAAUCUACACCAAGUGCAAAAAGGAAGGAAAAACCGACAUCCCCUCGUUGAUUCUCUCUCAAUCUCAAUUCUCAAAUGGGGUUCUAUGUUCCCUUCUUUCUGUUCUUGCUAACCUGCGCCUACCUCCCACCAUGUUCAUCAGAUCCAUACGACGAAGCCUGCCUCACAAACCUAAAACAAUCCCUCGUAGACCCAACAAACAGCCUUAAGAACUGGACCAAAGCCACCUUCGCUAACCCUUGUAGCGGCUUCAACUCAUACCUUCAAGGCGCAACCUGUAACAACGGUCGCAUCUACAAGCUCUCCCUCACCAACCUCUCUCUCAGGGGCUCCAUCUCCCCCUUCCUCUCCAACUGCACCAACCUUCAGGCUCUCGACCUCUCCUCCAACUUCCUCACCGGACCCAUCCCUCCCGAUCUCCAAUUGCUCCUCAACCUCGCCGUCCUCAAUCUCUCCUCCAACCGCCUCUCCGGCGAAAUACCCCCUCAGCUCGCUAUGUGCGCCUACCUCAACGUUAUAGAUCUCCAUGACAAUCAGCUCACCGGACCGAUUCCCCAGCAAUUGGGUUCGUUGGUAAGGUUAUCGGCUUUUGAUGUUUCUAAUAAUCGGCUUUCGGGGCCUAUCCCUCCUUCGCUGGGGAACCGAACUGGGAAUCUCCCCAAGUUCAAUGCCAGUUCAUUUGAAGGAAACAAGGACGUUUAUGGCUACCCAUUGCCGCCGUUGAAGACAAAAGGGUUGUCCGUGAUGGCGAUCGUCGGAAUCGGUUUGGGGAGUGGGUUCUUGAGCUUGGUGCUUAGUUUUACUGCUGUCUGUAUUUGGUUGAGGGUUACAGAGCAGGGGAUGGCCGGUGAAGAGGGGAAGAUCAGUCAGCUAAUGCCUGAUUAUUGAAAURCAUUAGUUGAAAGAUGCAUAAGAGAAAUUUCAGGUAUGAUUGAAUGAACCCAUUGUCGGUUGAGUUUGGUAACUAGAAAGACWGAGGAUGUGAGUUCUUCUUUUUCUGGGUUUUUGACUUUUUAUUGUUGGGAUUUCACUGAUCUUUGGAGCCUUUUUUUUCCCUCUCUUUAACCAUUUGUAUUUUUCUUGAUUUUAUUUUACUCAAAAUGUAAACUAAUUCAAAUAUGGAUUGCUAAAGCGAAUACGUUCACCAA